CCCCAUUCCUCAAGUAACACAACUUAGGGAUCACAACUGAUUCCAACUCUUAACAUAUCAGAGAAGGAUACUCCAUCAUAAACAUACUAGCUAUUUGCUUACAGAUUCUACUAGCUAGUACUAAAGGUCGAUCAGGAAGCAUCACAAGAAUCUGCAACUACUAGCACCAACUAGGAGAUCAUUUUGGUUAUCAUCAUGAAGAACAAUACUAGUACCUUGGUCUCAUCUACUUUCUUGCCUCUAAGAUGGGGUAGUGCUCCUGAUAUAGCUGUAUCUGGAAUCAGUGCACUUUUCCUCACUUCCACCUUCCCAACCACGGCGCUUCUACUACUAGUAUCCGUUUUUGCAUUUUUCAUCCAAAUCCAAUCCAAAAGCAAAACAAAAUCUAGCUCUCUUCCACUACCACCGGGACCAGCUGCUUCGUGGCCGAUUGUUGGUAAUCUCCCCGACUUGUUUCACAAAAAGCCGGCUUUCCGAUGGAUAGAGAGACUCAUGAAGGAGAUUAAUACCGAUAUCUUAAGUGUUCGUCUUGGAAAUACCCAUAUAAUUCCAGUGACUUCACCUGAGAUUGCUAGAGAGUUUUUGAGAAAACAAGAUGCUAACUUCGCGUCAAGGCCUAUCACAAUGGGUACUGAAUAUUCAAGCCGUGGGUUCUUAUCAGUUGCGGUUGCACCAUUAGGAGAUCAAUGGAAGAAGAUGAGAAGAGUGGUGGCUUCUGAACUUAUGUCUCCUUUGAGACUCAGAUGGCUUCUUGAAAAGAGAUCCGAAGAAGCCGACAACCUUGUUCGAUACAUCUACAACCAAUGCAUUGAUAACGCCAUUACUACUAAUGAUGUUGGUGGAGUCGUGAAUGUAAGGAAAGUUUCAAGAAUGUACAGUGGAAAUGUCAUUAGAAAAUUGAUGUUCAAUAUUAGGUAUUUUGGUAAAGGAAGAAAAGAUGGAGGUCCUGGCGCUGAAGAAGAGGAACACGUCCAAUCACUCUUUAAUGUUCUAUCUCUACUCUACGCAUUCAGUGUAGCAGAUUUUAUGCCUAGUUUGAGAUGGUUAGAUUUAGAUGGUCAUGAAAAGCUCAUGAAGAAAGCUUCAAAGAUUGUUAACAGUUACCAUGAUCCUAUAAUUGAUGACAGAAUCAAACAAUGGAGAUCAGCAGAUGGUACUAAAUUCAUCAACAAGAAAGAACCACAGGAUCUCCUUGACGUUCUCAUUUCUCUCAAGGAUGCUGAGGGGAACCCUAUCCUAUCGACCGAUGAAAUUAAAGCUCAAUCAGCGGAUUUGAUAUAUGCAUCAGUAGACAAUCCAUCAAAUGCAGUUGAAUGGGCACUGGCAGAGAUGAUCAACCAACCUGAACUGCUCCAGAAAGCCGUAGAAGAAAUCGACACGGUCGUCGGAAAAGACAGACUCGUACAAGAAUCAGAUUUCCCACGUCUAAAUUUUGUCAAGUCAUGCGCUAGAGAAGCAUUCCGUCUCCACCCAAUUGCACCGUUCAACCUACCACACGUUGCGAUAAACGACGCAGUUGUGGCCGGGUAUUUCAUCCCAAAGGGAAGUCAUGUAAUUCUAAGUCGUACAGGACUUGGCCGUAAUCCUAAAGUGUGGGAUGAACCGCUCAAGUUCAAACCCGAGAGGCAUUUGGAUGGAUCCGGUGAACAGGUGGUUGAGCUAGUCGAGAAUGAUCUUCGUUUCAUUUCUUUUAGCACCGGACGGCGUGGAUGCAUGGGUAUCCCUCUUGGGACGUCAAUGACAGUGAUGUUAUUGGCUCGUCUUCUUCAAGGUUUCAGCUGGAGUGCACCACCAGGAGAGACCAUCGGACUCAGUGAGUCUAGCUAUGAUCUGUUCUUGGCCAAACCUCUUUGUGCUCUUGCCAAGCCACGGCUGCCCAUCCACCUUUACCCAACUGUUUGAUAUUUUUCUUCUUCUGUUCAGUUUCCUGCGCCUUGAGAUAUAUUAUUAAUUAUUUUACAUAAAUAAUUGAUUAUAUAUAAGAUGUAAUGAGUUUUUAUUUACUUUUUUCCUUUUCAAUUUAUUUAAUUUUCAAAAAAUUUGAAGAUCAUGUCAAAAAAAAUGAUAAUUUAUCUUAUUCUUUAUUUUAUUUUA